AUGGGUGUUCCUUUCGAGGCUCUCCUUCCCUUCGGAAUCAUCAUCGGAUCGUUCACUGUCGGCAGUGCCGGUCUGUGGGUGGUCAAGAACUAUGCCAACGAGGGCAAGAAGGCGCGCUGGAACAGAGAUCUGUGGGACAGAGUAAUGAUGGAGAGAGAUUACAGAAUCACCGGCACAAAACGAGGUCAAUCGAGCAACCACGAGGCUCCCAAGGGAUUCGAGCUCAGCAACCCCUGGAAGGUACGGACCAGA